CACCGAAUCGCGCACUAUCACACCCGGACAGAGAUCACUCUCGAUUAAGCCGCUUGCAAGUGCGAGAACGACAGGCGAUGGGCGGUAAAACGUCAAAAAUUGUGAGAAGGAAGAGGCAGCUCGAGGAGCCGAAAACGACGGGCCGCUUUGAAGUUAGAGCGAUGGGCAACGGGUUUCACACCGACUGUCGUGUGGAGAAUUCGGAUUUCGAAUUGGUCGUGGCCGAACCGGCGGAGAAGGGGGGAUCUGGUAAAGGUCCCAAUCCCAUGCAGUAUCUGGUCGUGUCUCUCACAAGUUGUCAUCAGGAGACUGCAGCAGUGAUUGCCAAAGAGAAAGGCAUCAAGAAGUGGGGGCCAGUCACAUUUCACACAAAAUUCGAGCUAAACACCGAUGGUUUCCUCGGUCUUGCCAAGAAGUCUCUGCCUGCUUACAAUGUCUUUCGUCACGUGCUACUGGAUGCAGAGGUGGUGGCUGAUGUAGAUCAGAGUAUUAUCGAUGAGGUGUAUGAAGGGGUUAAGAGUCGAUGCCCAAUACGAGCUCUCUUCGAAUCAGCCGGUGUCAUAAUAGAAGGAGAAUGGAGAAAGAAUGUAGACAUUAUGGAGAAUAGUUAGAUUGCAUGGAAUGACGUGGACACGUUAACACAGGUUAUGCAAUAAUUAAUUGUUUUAAUUUAGCACACCAUGGAAUGACUUGGACAUGUUAACACGUUAUGUAUUAAUUAAUUGUAUUAAUUUAGCACACCAAGUUAUUAGCCUUGGUAGCUAGGAUGAA